AUGAAAACCAUGAGAGACUACCACGAUCUCUACCUGGAGACUGACGUUCUUCUACUGGCUGAUGUGUUUGAGAACUUCAAGAGAACAUGUCUGGAAAGUUAUGAACUUGACCCCGCACAUUACGUGUCAGCACCUAGUUUGAGUUGGGACGCUUUCCUGAAAAAGUCAGGUGAAGAAAUAGAACUCGUAAGCGAUAUGGAUAUGUUUCAGUUCUUCGAGAAGGGUAUGAGAGGUGGUACAAGUUAUAUUGCUCAUAGACACUCAGCAGCUAAUAAUAAGUACAUGGAGACGUACGAUGAGUCGUCUGCGAACAAGUACCUAAUGUACCUCGACGCUAAUAAUUUAUAUGGCUGGGCGAUGUCACAACCACUACCUAAUGGAGAGUUCGAGUGGGUUGAGGAAGUUGACGGUAUGAAUAUAGACGAUUACUUGGGAGACAACGGAAGGGGAAUGGUUUUGGAGGUUGACCUGGAAUAUCCACAAGAACUUCACGACCUACACAACGGUUAUCCUCUAGCACCGGAGAGUAAGGAAAUCAGUGCUUCUAUGUUGUCAGAUUAUGCGAAGAGUAUUGCUGAGAAAUUCCAACUGACAAUUGGAGGAGUAAGAAAACUAGUGACUUCACUAGGCCCCAGGAAGAAGUACGUCUUACAUGUACGUAAUCUGAAACUGUACACAGACCUUGGGAUGAAACUCACGAAGGUUCAUAGAGCGGUUACAUUCAAGCAGUCUCCCUGGCUUAAGAACUAUAUAGACUUCAAUACGAAGAAAAGGUCUGCAGCCCGUAAUACAUUCGAAAAGAACUUCUUCAAGUUGAUGAACAACUCAAUCUACGGAAAGACUAUGGAGAAUCUUAGGAAAAGGGUUGAUGUGAAAUUAGUGUCCUCCAAAGACGACCUCCUAAAACUGACAGCAUCACCGUGCUUCCAGUCACAUCGAAUCAUGAAUCAGAAUCUUAUAGUGGUAAAAAGGAUGAAAGAAGUGCUAACGCUGAAUAAGCCGUGUUACGUAGGAAUGAGCAUCUUAGACUUAUCCAAGACUUUAAUGUACGAUUUCCACUACAACACCAUCACGAAGGAACACGGUAAUAGUUCGAGGUUACUGUUCACCGAUACUGACAGUCUGAUGUACGAACUGAAAACGGAUGAUGUCUAUGAGGACUUCAAGAGGAUUGGUGAAGAGCAAGACUGCUGGGAUAAUUCAGAUUACCCAAAAGAUAGCCCUUACUACUCAACCCACAACAAGAAGGUUAUAGGUAAGUUUAAGGAUGAAGCUGGAGGAGUACCCAUAAUUGAGUUUGUUGGGUUGAGGUCAAAAAUGUACUCCUAUGUCAAGGAAAACGGUGGGGGUGGAAUGACAGCCAAAGGGGUUAAAAAGUAUGUCAUCAGAAACAAACUCACUCAUGAGAACUUCAAGAAUGUAAUCAACACAAAGGGUAGGAUGAGACACAACAUGAACACAAUCAGGAGCACAAAGCAUACAAUUGGAACUUAUGAAAUGAGGAAGGUUACUCUGAGUUGCUUCGAUGAUAAAAGGUAUCUUUUGGAGGAUGGAGUUACCAGUUAUGCUUACGGUAACAAGAAUAUAAAAUAUAGUGACUGAGAAGUUCCCACAGAGUAGAAAGUAAUAAUCCUAAAAGGUAAAUAAGCAGGAAGGGCCCCCUGCCUUAUGUACCCCCAAGGAGAAAAUAAAAGUUGUCGAAGAGGCUUUGGAAUAGGAAAAUUGGACGAUAUUGGGAAUCUAGAGGUUUAAGGGUUCGGGAAUCCCUGAUAUUUUGAUAGAAGAGAACGGUGAAUAGUUGGAAUCUGAGUGUGACAACUAAAAUGGGUACUGUGGAGGUUGUAGGAAGUAUUAAUCAGUGCUCAGAACUAAUAUCUGACGGUUCUGUGGAGAGGGGUGUGUGUUACCUCAAGGGUAUUUCAAAAGUUGUCGAAGAGGCCUUGGAAUGGGAAAACUGGACGAUAUCGGAAAAGCUUAGAAUCAUACUAAAGUCUCAGCUGGACUAA